AUCUUUAUAUAUUUAAUAGAUUAAUGUAAAUAAUUAAAUAAAUGAUACUUCUUUUUUAAUAGAGAAGAUUUUUUCCUUAGACAGUAGAAUAAGAGUUGAAAACGAAUAAAAUUCACACAUGAAUAAAUAGUUAAUAAAUAUUUUUGUUCGUUGAGUACUAUUUAUAUGUGUACGUAAGUGUACAUUCACAAACCACAACACAUCCCUCUACUUUUCUUUAACAAUUUCAAGUGACCGGAGAAAGCAAAAGAAGAUCUCAGCGGCGAAAUGGACGAGUCGUGGCGAAUGAAGUUGGGUUUGAACGUUGAUCCAUUCUUCUCCAUUGCUCGAAGAUCCAUGGACGUUCGAAUCGACGCCCAAGACUUCUCCGAUGUUUUCGGUGGACCGCCGCGUAGCGUCCUCACUAGGAAAUUCUCCGGCGACUUUUCCCGCUCCGACUGUUUCUACGACGAGAUUUUCCGACCACGUGGGAUGUUCUCCUGCGGCGCGCUUCCUUCUUCUAAAUCUCACGGAAGAAACUUACCGGCGUUUAGAAUUCCGUCCGGCGGAGAUGGAUUUUACGACGGCGUGUUCGGAGGUCGCAGUGGGACGGAGAAGGAGGGAACCAAGAAGCAGAGUCCGAUAACGAAAUCGAGGUCGAAUUCCUCGCCACCACCGGCGGGGACUUCAGAUGAUGACGCCGGAAUAUCUUCUUUUACUUCUACACUCAGACCGUUAAACGUCCCGUCAAGAAGUCAUAAGCGGGAAUCGAAGAAACAGAGUUUCCCGGUGUUUCCGACAUCAUUGUCCGGCCAAGAUCUCACACCGGGAAAAUUCGAUUUUUGCUACAGAAAACCACACUUCGGCAGCUCUCGGAGAUCCUCGCCGGAGACCAUGACCUUGGAUCCACAAUCCUUCAGGAGAAUGGAUGAUUUCGGACCAAGCUCUCCAGCAUCUUCCCCUGUUUCUUCUUUCAUCCGCGAAGAUGAAUAUGAAACAGAGGCCAAGCAGAGAACCACCCAAGACUGUAAAGUAGAACAAGAAGACGAUGAGGAUGAGAUGAGCUCUUACGUAAUCGAAAUAAACUCAGACCGUUUUGAUCGCUACAGAGACGGAGGAAGCGGAGGAGGAAACUCUGAUUCGAAUGACAUGGAUGAAGCAAUAGCUUGGGCCAGAGAGAGAUCUCAACGUCCAGAAACAAAACAAGCACAAGAAGACUUAAUAGAUUCAAGAAGGAGCGAAGAAGAAGAAGAAGAAGCCAAAUCAGAAGAAGAGAUGGAGAUGGAGAUGAAAGAUGAAGAGAUAAGAAUCUGGUUAACCGGAAAAGAAACCAACAUUAGACUCCUCCUCUCAACUUUACAUCAUGUUCUAUGGUCAAAUAGCAAUUGGCAGGCCAUACCUCUGGCAAAUCUACGAGAUGGAUCACAAGUGAAGAAAGCUUACCAAAAGGCUCGCCUUUGUUUACAUCCAGAUAAACUUCAACAGAGAGGAGGAACUUCACCGCUUCAGAAGUCUGUCGCCAGCAGAGUAUUCUCCAUUCUUCAGGAAGCAUGGGGUGUGUACUUAACAAAUGAAGGACUCUCAAGCUAAACCGGAAUUUGCAAAUCAUUUCCUGGUGUUUAGUAAACCGGAUAUGUUCAUAAUCAUUUAUAGUGUAAUGAAGAAUAAGAAAAAAGGAAAAGGAGGGUUUGUUUUCUGCAAUGAUUCUAAUAGUCAUAUGAACAUUCCCAUGUGGUGCAUUUGUGUCUACCAUUGUCAAUGCUCUUAUAUAUAACAAAAUGUUAGGAAACUAUAUUAAAGAACAAAUAAAUGCAUGAAAACGGAUGGAACAUGGCUAAGAAAAGGAAAAAAAAAACAAAUGAAGAUAUUUUUGUUUCUUGA